AUGGCGUCGAGUAAAGACUCGGUUACAGUUAAGAAGAACGACAAGGCCGUUCCUUCUUCCACUGAAGAGUUUCCCACGACGUUGCCCGCAGUCCGGCCUGGCUCGUCCACUCAAGACUUCUCGGAAGAUGGCCACCAUCUACAACACCGGGACGGCAUGUCUAGACCACAAGGUCUGCGCGAAACACAAAUGCCUGGGCCGUCGGAGGCGCCACACGAAACGGCGUUCAGGAGAUCAGUCCAGCCCGUGGAUACCAGAGGCAACUUUGGCUCUCCAGCGUCAGUGGCAGAAGGAAAGCCCUUGGCGAAGCCAAUGAAUCUGAAGCAUGGAAGCUCCACUCAGCAACACGAUGCUGUCGGGGCUACCGCGGCAACCACUUCUGCGAGCGACUCGGACACGACCGAUUCGUCGAAGUUUUGCGACAGUCCGACCUACGCGGACCUCAUUUCGAGGCACUCGCCGAAAGCCGAUGGUCGCUUGGUCUCCGAUGGACGGGGAAUUCGCCACCUUGACCAUCCUUCGAGCAAAGCCGAACGCAGUUCUGGCCAACAUCCGCACGAGCAAGAUCUGAAAUCAAGGAAGCUGAGCCUCGUCCAUGGAAUACCGAGUGGGUCUGUUGGCCGCGUCAAACCGCGGCUGAUCAAGGCCACCGGGAGAACUGUAGACGCCCACAACAAAGAAAGGAAGGAGGAUGUCACGACGCCGACCGGAUCGCCGAAGGGUUCUCCCUCUUCGCCUUUUCCCGCUCACGACAGUGGAGUCACAGAGUUGGUCGAGCACGGAACCGCGACUGCGGCUGCCAGCCAGUCCGUCGCAACGCUAGUGUCUACUUCGCCGGAAGGGCCCCGUGAUCCGCUGGCACUGCUACUUGGAGAGAAGGGCCGACACGACAAGAAAGGGCAGCCGCAAAUGCUUGUGAAUUUUGGCAAGCCUCCGAAGGAAAUUGAGAGCCCUGGAACCCAAGCCGUAAGCGAUAUUCGCCCUUCGCCGAGCGUAGGAGGCGUUCAGAGUCUGAGCAGUCGUACAAGUGACCAUGGUUCUCCAGCGUCAGCAGACAAGUUGCUUUUCGACCCGCACCAGUCUCAGCUGGUCCUGAACGUGACACCCCUGAAGCCGACAUCUGGGAGCUCGCCCAGGAAGGCCAAGGCUGGGCAGCGGUUUCCGCACAUCAAGAAGAUGUCCAUGCGCUUGGCGGAACUGAGGAAGUUCAGACUGAACAGCGGCACGUUUCCCUCUACGCCGAACGUGGAGCACUCGACUACGCAAGCGAGGGUGCAAGAAGCCUUCGGACUCUGGGGACACUGGGUCGUGGCUGCCAUUUUCGUGCUUAUGAUAAUCGUCGUUGGGCUGGUCCUCGUGUCGAGAAUGACCUUGGUCACGGAGAAGCGACGAAUUGAGCUCUGCCACUCUGCCGCCUGCCACAAAUACGCUGGACAUAUCUUACUGCAGGUGAACCGAUCUCUGGAUCCCUGCGGAGACUUCAGCAAAUACACCUGCUCGGCGUGGUCUCCUCCGCGGGCAAGGGCAGACUACGCCACGUCAAGCUUCACGCAGCUCAUCCGUGCAUGGUUCGAGGGCUUUAGCGGCCUCCUGCUGGACGCCUCAAAGCACGGAUUCACGGUCGCUGACGGGCCAGCAGCCAUGCUACGGGCUUGCCUAAACCCCAACACCAAGGCGGGCGGGCCAGGCAUACAAGAGCUACGAGACCUAAUGGCCUCCGUCCACCUCAAUUGGCCCGACCCGCCUGAUGACGAGGGCAGCCCGCUGGGAGUCUUGCUACGACUAGCCUAUAAUUUCGGAGUGCGUACCGAAACCUACCAUGUCAUCAUGGGGACAGGGGCCUUAUACGUACACAACGCUUACAAUCGGGCCCAACUGCACAAUUUAGUGAAAACAUUUACAUCGAGAUUGCCAUGACAUAUCUACGGAUUUUACGAAGAAUAAACGCAAUACUUCGAAACACCAACUAGAA